GCUUGUUUCAUUAAAAAUUGUGUUCUAAAAUCAAAAUUCUGCAAAUUUACAACUAAAUAGAAAGUAUUGACUAAUUGCAACCACGAAUGGUCCUCCUUUGGUGCAUAUGAUAUAAAUAAAGAACAAUUUUGGAGCCCCGUGUCGACCCAGGGAUAAGCGAUAAAAUGUUAACAUGAAAGACACGUACCUAUGUCAUCUAUUGGUGUCUGCUGAUAAGAAUUCAUUAAGAUUGUGUAACAUUUGAUCAAAAUAAAUGUUGGUCCUGUCUGAUAUUUUUACACUGUCACUUGUUUCAACCUAAUCCACCUUUCUCUUUCAACAUCUUGAUCUCGCAAGCCAUAUCAAUAUAAAUUGCAAAAGGUUCUCAAGAUGAGGUAUGCCCAACUUGUCAUGGGUCCUGCUGGAAGUGGGAAGAGCACCUACUGCUCGGCGAUGCAGAAGCAUGCACAGACAGCGAAGCGGACGGUGCACGUGGUGAACCUGGACCCGGCUGCCGAGUACUUUGACUACCAGCCGACGGUGGACGUGCGCGAUCUGAUCCACCUGGACGACGCUAUGGAGGAUGAGGAGCUGCGCUUCGGACCCAACGGCGGACUCGUCUUCUGCAUCGAAUACCUGAUGAAAAACAUGAGCUGGUUGGAGGAGCAACUCGGAGAAGGUGACGACGACUACUUCCUCUUCGACUGUCCCGGCCAGAUUGAGCUCUACACCCACAUGGAUGCCAUGAAGAACAUCGUUGACGCGCUGCAGGCGCUGAACUUCCGAAUGUGCGGCGUGUUCCUGGUCGACUCGUCCUUCAUGGUCGAGGGCAGUAAGUUCAUCUCCGGCACGAUGGCAGCGCUCAGCGUAAUGGUGAACAUCAGCAUCCCGCACGUCAACGUCCUAACCAAGAUGGACCUCCUCAACGCUGAGUCCCGGAACCAGCUCGAGAGGUUCGUGGACCCGGACACGCGGCGUCUGAUGGACUCGGACGGGUCGCGCUUCUCGGAGCGGUACCGCCGGCUGACGGCCGCGCUGGCGCGCGUGGUCGACGAGUACGGCCUGGUGCAGUACCACACGCUGGACCUACACGACGAGCUGAGCAUCGGACAGCUACUGGCCGUCGUCGACAACGCCAUCCAGUACGGCGAGGACGAGGACGUGCGCACACACGAGUUCGAGAUGCCCGACCCGGACGACGGUGAGGCGGCCGACGAGCAGCUCAGCAGGUACCUGCAGGAACUGUGAGCGGCUCAGGAACUGCAAGAACCGUGAGCGGCUCAGCAGGUACCCGCAGGAACUGAAAAUUGGUCCACCAGCAUCUCAGCUGGUACCUGUUAGGACUGGUAGCUGGCUGAUUAGCGGCUCAGUAGGUCCCUGCAGGAAUUGCGAGGAUCUCAACAGGUACCUGCAGGACCAGCUAUGAGCGAUCUGCGAACAGCUCAGCAGAUGCCUUCAGAAACCGUGGGCGACCGGCGAUCUGCUAAGACAUGCGGGAGCUGUGCGCUGCGGUUGCGGCGGUGUGUGACCUGUGAUGCAGAGACGAGGCUGAGGCGCCUCGCUGACGACCGGCCAGGACUGUCACCGAAGGCGCCCUUGUGCUGUGAGAAGGAUCGGCUGGUAGACGAACAGCGCGGCGUCCAGCAGCUGGCCCGUGGAGUAGACUGUGAUUGAUAAGUGUUAGAAGGGCGGCGAGCCUCGACUGUCCCGUGACUGGCGCGCACUAGGCGGCGAGUCACUGCAGUGCCAUCCGUCGGUAUCAUCACUGUGUACAAACGCCGCGACGUUUUGUAUCUGAGUGGGACGUUUUGAUGGGACACAAUCAGUGAACAUAUAUAGUGUUAUGUAUUCGUAGCGCUUACAAGUGAAUGGACAUGAUUUAAGUGUUCACAGCUGGUUUCAAGACUUGCUUGCAUCGGUCGUUCGUCGGGCCGCCUGUCGCUGCUUGUGCUGCUGGAGGAAGCUCUGGAACGACUCCGUGUCAUCCUCAUCGUCCCGCUCUGAAAUACAAACGGAUCGUCAGUUCAAUAA